UUCGCAGUCUAGUCUCACUGCCGGUGCUCGCCUGGUCUUAGACUACUUGUUUCCUUCUCUAUGUACUACUUCUACUCACCAGAACUGCUCUCAAAAUUGCUAUGACGAUGAUUAUAACAAGACGAGUUCUACAGACCAAGAUUAAUAGGGACAGUGAGUAAUUUUCACGUAGACUGCUCUAGCGCAGGCCUGCCUUGUGUUCGCAGAUGCAUCCGACUGCCGUCCCACCGCUGCCAUCUCGCAGUAGCGUCUGACCGCCGUCACGCCGCCGCCAUCUCGCAGCUACAUCCAACCGCCAUCCCACCGCCGCCAUCUCGCAGCUACGUCUGACCGCCAUCUCACCGCUGCCAUCUCGCAGCUGCAUCCGACCGCCGUCCGACCGCCGCCAUCUCGCAGCUGCGUCCGACUGCCAUCCCACUGCCCCCAUCUCGCAGCUGCGUCCGACUGCCAUCCCACCACCACCAUUUCGCAGCUGCAUCCGACCGCCAUCUCACCGCCGCCAUCUCGCAGCUACGUCUGACCGCCAUCUCACCGCUGCCAUCUCGCAGCUGCAUCCGACCGCCGUCCGACCGCCGCCAUCUCGCAGCUGCGUCCGACUGCCAUCCCACUGCCCCCAUCUCGCAGCUGCAUCCGACCGCCGUCACACCGCCGCCAUCUCGCAGCU